AAGAAAUUCUUUUGGCCGCGCCGCACUACUCGCAAAGGAAACAAUAAUGAGGAUUCGCUGUGUACCGUAGCCAAGGACAAAGAGGCCGCCUUUCCUUGCGCCAUUGGCCACGGCAAAGUGAUACGAAAGCCAGCUUGGAGCCAUGCUUCUCCAGCCUCACCAUUUGGUCAUCCUGCUCCUCGUCGCUGCAGGUCUCUGCCUCGCGGCCAGCGGCAGCGUCGGCGAUGAGGGUAUGCAGUUCACGUACAACGGCUUCGCCGGCGUGAACCUGACGCUGGACGGCGCGGUGGUCAUGCCGAACGGCCUCCUCAUGCUGACCAACGGCACCAUACAGACGAAAGGCCAGGCCUUCCACCCGUGGCCGCUUCCGUUCCGCACGGCGCCGAACGCCACACGGUCCUUCUCGACCACUUUCGUCUUCGCUAUCUUCGGGCAGUACUCCGAUCUGAGCAGCCAUGGCGUGGCCUUCUUCGUCUCCGCGUCCAAGGAGGUGCUCUCCACUGCGCUGCCAAGCCAGUUCUUGGGCCUGCUCAACAGCACCGAUGUCGGCAACCAGAGCGCCCACAUCUUCGCCGUGGAGCUGGACACCAUCUUCAACGCCGAGUUCCGUGACAUCAACAGCAACCACGUCGGCAUCGACGUCAACAGCCUCGUGUCCCUCGAUUCCACCGACGCCGGGUACUACGACGACGGCACCGGGCGCUUUCAGAAUCUAAACCUCAUCAGCCGGAAGGCCAUGCAAGUGUGGGUGGACUACGACGGGACGGCCACGGAGAUCACAGUGACCAUGGCUCCCCUGGGCAUGGCCAGACCCAAGAAGCCCCUUCUGCAGACCACCGUCGACCUCUCGGGUGUGGUGCAAAGCACGGCGUACGUCGGUUUCUCAUCGGCGACGGGCAUCCUGACCACACGCCACUUCGUCGUCGGUUGGAGCUUCGCGCUGGGCGGGCCAGCCCCGGCGCUGGACAUCCCGGCUCUGCCGGCCUUGCCGCGGGCCUGGCCAAAGCCGCGGUCCAAGGUGCUGGAAAUCGUGCUCCCCAUAGCGUCGGCGGCGCUGGUUCUCGCUGUAGGCAUCGGGAUUUACGUCUCUGUGCAGCGGAGAUCGCAAGCAUCGGACGGCUUCGGCACCGCAAUCUCGUGCCGUUGCUUGGUUACUGCCGGCGCAAAGGGGAACUUCUCCUGGUUUACGACGGCCUGAGUGACCACGGCCUCGCGCGCCUUCGUGGUCGCCCCGACCACGAACCUGGCGACCGCAACUGUAGUACUAGUAAUGAAGAAGGGCGACCGAUCUGCCAGCUUCUUUUGGACCGCCAGCAAAGCAAGGGCGGGCGCGGGCGCGCGGCUGUACGUGCACCCGAGACACAUGCACAAUUAACUCCGUCCUUUCUUUUCGAUGCCCCGCGCCGCCUAAUUAACUCCGUUCUGCAUCUUUAUUUUUCGAGGUAAUUGCACCACAAGUACAAGAACUUGCACUCUAUGUGCAUUUUCAUACGAGAACUUGCAAAACGUGUUCAGGUGGUACAAGAACUUGUCCUGGAUGUGCACCGUUGGUACAAGUGGUGUCUGGAGCUGCCACGUGUCCCUGGUGCACCGUCAAAGCGUUUUUGCAGAGAAACCCUUACUGAAUUCGAGAUUUGAGGGGACAUAUUGAUGACGUUUUCGUUGUAUAUUGGACAUUUUGGCCACGCAGAA